CUCAUUGUUUUCUUUUUCUUCUGUUUAGUUUGCAAUUGUUUAUGCUCAGUUUGUUAUUCAAAUUUCAUGUGGGUUUUUCAGUUGUUUCGGAGAAUGUAAUUCCCAAAGGAAGCGUAAACAACCAUGGGUGGAAGGUGCCAGGGACAGUUGGGUUGCUGUUGCGGAUGUCGACCAUGUCGACUCUGCUGUGGCUUCUUGCCUGCUAUCAAAGAGUCAACAUCAACUCGACUGAUGUAUACUUUAUUUCUUCUUCUGGGAACUUUAUUGAUGUGUGUUAUGUUGACAAAGGAUGUACAAGAUAAAAUCAUUGAAAAUUUCCCUCAAUACAAUGUUACAUGCAUAACUUUAAAAGCAGGUGAAAAUUGUGAAUUGCUUGUUGGAUACAUGGCAGUAUAUCGAGUUUCUUUUGGCAUGGCUGCUUUUUUCUUUAUAAUGGCCUUCUUUACCAUUGGUAUAUCAACCAGUGAAAGCUGUAGAUCAGGUUUGCAUAAUGGAAUAUGGUGCUAUAAAUUACUAAUUCUCUGCUUAAUUUGUGCUGGAAUUUUUCUUAUUCCUUCAGCAUAUGUAAACCACUUUGGUAGCAUUUGGAUGUACAUCUCAAUGGGUGGAGCAUCUGUGUUCAUUAUCAUUCAGCUCAUGCUCAUUGUAGAUUUUGCUCAUGCAUGGACUGAUAAUUGGCUACGAAGAGUAGCUGAUGGAGGCAGCAGAUGCUGGUUUGUUGCUAUGGUAUUUUGUGCAAUGAUUAUCUACACAGCUGUAGUGAUAGGAAUCGUUAUGAUUGCUCAGAAUUAUACUCGUGCAGAAGGUUGCUCUACUAAUAAAUUGUUCAUUGGUGUUAAUGGUGGUCUUUGCCUUUUGUGUUCAUUCGUCUCAAUCAUGCCAUGUGUUGAGAAAAAUACUGGUGAUUCAAGAGCUGGUUUACUUCAGUCAUCAGUCAUAUCAGCAUACGUUGUCUACCUUACUUGGUCUGCUUUAUCAAGUGAACCAACUCUGGCUGGUACUGGGGUUGGAACUUAUCGAGAAAGAGUUUUUCCGGAAGAAGAAGAAUUUUGUGGCCCAUCAGAUGUUUCAGUUUUAUCUAACAAAGAUAUUAUUUGUUAUGGAGGUGUAGUUAUAACAUUUCUGAUGGUUAUAAGUUCUACGUUACGCACAUCACAUUUUUCAUAUAAACUUGGUAUCAGAGCUCCUGAUCCCACUGAUUGUUGCACAUGCUGUGAUAAGUCUUCAAGAAGAACAUCUAAUGGUAUUGAUGAGGAAGGUGGCCAGAAAGUUAUAAGGAAUGAAAUUGAAGGAGUUACCUACAGUUAUGCUUUCUUUCAUGUGAUGUUCUUCCUUGCUUCACUUUACAUUAUGAUGCAGUUGACUCAUUGGUUUAGACCAGAACAGGCAAACUUGAUGACUUUUGAACGUAACUGGGCUGCUGUUUGGGUUAAAAUGGCAUCGUCCUGGACAUGCAUUGCUAUCUACUUACUAACCCUUUUUACCCCUGAGUUAUGCCCGGGGCGUUUGAAUCGCAGUAGAUCAGCCAGAAAUAAAGAUUUGGAGAUGAGCAGAGUGAGAAGGAAUUCAUCUUCAAGUAGAUGAAUCAUCAUUAAUGAGUGAUAAUUAAUAAUGAUAAUGAUUUUGUUUCAUGUUUACAUGAAAAAAAGGUAUCAUCUCAUCAGUGCUUGUGCUUAAUUUUUUAAUGUAUUUUUGAAAUGCAAUUUUUUAUUACAAUGAUAAUUUUGAAAAAAAAAUUCAUGAAUCUUUUUAAAAUUGCAUAUGUGAUUUGUUAUAAAGCUGUUUAAUAUUUUCAAACAGCAAUGCAUAUUUGAUAAAAUGCUUGAAGGUUUUCUAAGAGUAUUAAAAAUGUUUAAUAAUAUGGAACAUCUAUUUCUAUCUAGAAAACAUCUUUUGUGUACAUAGGAAAUUCAAUAUUAAUGAUUGGGCAUAUUAUGACCAAAUAUCUUGUUAUGUUGCAAAUAUAUAUCAUUAAUUUUUAAUCAUGACAAAAGUUAUAGGAGAAAUUAAAUAUAUAUAAUUUUCAUCUUUUCAACUGUUAAAAUUUUAAGAUCCUAAUUUUCUGAAACAAUUAUGCUUAGCCAUUUUUUUUUUUUUUCAUUUGAAGAAAUAUCUGAAAUAUUGAUAAUGUGUAAUUUUAUAAUGUCUCCAGUAGUUUCCCAUUAUGUUUUUCUUAAAGGACUUAAUAGAUAAUUUAUUUUUAAUUUUCUUUAUCUAUCAUUUUUAAUAACAAAGAUCUAUAAAAUUAACCCGUUCAACCACAUGAAAUAGAAUCAACGAAACAUCUCAUGUAUCAUCAUAUUCAGAGAUUAUGUCCAUCAUGUGGUUUUUGAAUUUUAUAUUUAAAAUUUAUAGCAUUGUGCCAAGUUAUCACAAGUACAAUUUUGUAAUCAAAAUAAAUUUUUUAUCGUUCAUAAUAUUCUGAUUUAUAGGUGAAUAUACAUUUAAUGAAAAGGUUAAAUUAAAACUAAAAAAAGAUAGUUUUCUAUUCUUUUCUUUGCUUUUGCCUUCUAAUGAUGGCUUUAUACUCUACUGAUCUCAAUAUUUUAUGUCUUU